AACCUAAUUUAUGUUGUCGAAGAGAGGCUUCACAACAAUAAUUUCUUGCCGGUUUACAAAUUUUAUUUGUUACCCGAGUCUAUUCUAAACUGGUUUGAAGAAAUUUAAAACAAGAAGUGUAUUACUUUUAUCGAGUGUUUCUAUAAUUUUUCAGGAAUUUAUUGCAUUUCGACAUGCAUUUGUAUAAUUUAACUCUGCAAAAGGCUACUGCCAUAACACACGCAAUAUAUGGCAAUUUUUCGGGAACAAAAAUGCAAGAAAUUGUUAUAUCUCGAGGAAAAAUUUUGGAAAUUUUGAGACCUGACCCGAACACUGGAAAAGUUCAUACAUUAUUAUCAACAGAAGUUUUUGGGAUUAUAAGGUCAUUAAUGCCUUUUAGACUUACUGGGGGAACCAAAGAUUAUGUAAUAGUAGGAUCAGAUUCAGGAAGAAUAGUUAUAUUGGAAUAUAUGCCUCAAAAAAAUAUAUUUGAAAAAGUUCAUCAAGAAACUUUUGGAAAAUCUGGUGUGAGACGAAUAGUGCCAGGACAAUAUCUGGCUGCAGAUCCUCGAGGUAGAGCAGUUAUGAUUGGUGCUGUUGAAAAACAGAAACUAGCAUAUAUUUUAAACAGAGAUGCUCAAGCUCGUUUGACAAUUUCAUCACCUUUAGAAGCUCAUAAAAGUAAUAAUCUGGUUUAUCAUAUGGUGGGAGUAGACGUAGGAUUUGACAAUCCUACAUUCGCCUGUUUGGAAAUUGAUUAUGAAGAUGCAGAUUCUGAUCCAACAGGAGAAGCUGCACAAAAAACUCAGCAAACAUUAACAUUCUAUGAACUUCACCUAGGGACAAAUCAUGUUGUAAGAAAAUAUUCUGAGCCAUUAGAAGAACAUGCCAAUUUUCUUGUAACUGUACCAGGUGGUUAUGACGGACCUUCCGGAGUAUUAAUUUGUUCUGAAAAUUAUUUGACAUAUAAAAAUUUGGGAGAUCAGCAUGAUAUUCGGUGUCCUAUACCAAGACGAAGAAAUGAUCUUGAUGAUCCUGAAAGAGGUAUGAUUUUCGUCUGCUCUGCAACGCACAAGACAAAGUCCAUGUUCUUCUUCUUAGCACAGACAGAACAAGGUGAUAUUUUCAAAAUUACAUUGGAGAGUGAAGAAGACAUGGUUACUGAAAUAAAAUUGAAGUAUUUUGACACUGUUCCUGUUGCCACAGCAAUGUGUGUGCUAAAGACAGGUUUCUUAUUUGUUGCCUCUGAGUUUGGCAAUCAUUAUUUGUAUCAAAUAGCCCAUCUUGGAGAUGAUGAUGAUGAAUUAGAAUUCAGCUCAGCUAUGCCUUUAGAGGAGGGCGAUACCUUCUUUUUCGCCCCACGGUCCUUACGAAAUCUGGUAUUGGUUGAUGAAAUAGAGUCUCUUUCUCCAAUUUUAUCUAGUAAAGUAGCUGAUUUGGCUGGGGAAGAUACUCCCCAACUUUAUAUGAUGUGUGGAAGAGGACCGAGAUCCUCACUUAGGGUUUUAAGACAUGGUUUGGAAGUGUCUGAAAUGGCUGUUUCAGAAUUGCCAGGUAAUCCAAAUGCUGUAUGGACAGUGAAGAAAAGAAGCGAUGAUGAAUAUGAUGCAUACAUUAUUGUAUCUUUCGGUAAUGCUACAUUGGUAUUGAGCAUUGGAGAAACUGUUGAAGAAGUUACAGAUAGUGGCUUCUUAGGAACUACACCUACUUUAUCGUGUUCUGCUUUGAGUGAUGAUGCUCUAGUACAAGUAUAUCCGGAUGGAAUAAGACAUAUUUGCGCUGAUAAACGUGUGAAUGAGUGGAAAGCACCUGGAAAGAAGACUAUCGUUAAAUGUGCAGUAAAUCAACGUCAAGUGGUAAUUGCAUUAUCUGGGGGCGAACUAGCCUAUUUCGAAAUGGAUCCAUCAGGCCAACUGCAUGAAUAUAAAGAGAGGAAAAGAAUGAAUUCCGAUGUGCUUUGUAUGGCUUUGGGAUCUGUACCUCCUGGUGAGCAGAGAUCCCGUUUCUUGGCCGUGGGCCUAUCAGACAGCACUGUCAGGAUCAUCUCUCUAGAUCCGAAUGAUGGUUUAGCACCAAGAUCGAUGGAAGCCUUACCAGUUUGCGCAGAAUCUCUCUGUAUUGUUCAGAUGGGAUGUACAGAAAGGGAUCCUGAUAACGCCGCAGCUGCCAGUACCACCAGCAGCUUGUACCUUAACAUUGGGUUGCAGAACGGUGCUCUAUUGAGGACUGUGUUGGAUCCCGUUACAGGUGAUUUAACUGACACUCGAACUAGAUACUUGGGAUCGAGACCAGUUAAGUUGUUCAGGAUAAGGAUGCAACAGUCUGAAGCAGUUUUGGCUAUGAGCAGUAGAUCUUGGCUCAGUUAUUAUUACCAGAAUCGUUUUUACCUUACUCCCCUUUCAUAUGAGAGUUUGGAAUAUGCAUCAGGUUUCAGUUCGGAGCAGUGUCCCGAAGGUAUUGUGGCAAUAUCGACUAACACGCUCAGAAUUUUGGCACUGGAAAAGUUAGGUGCAGUUUUCAAUCAGGUGUCUUUCCCACUUGAAUAUACCCCCAGAAAGUUUAUAAUCCAUCCAGAAACGAACAACCUUAUUUUAAUUGAGACAGAACACAACGCUUAUACCGAUGAAACGAAGAAACAGAGAAGAUUACAAAUGGCUGAAGAAAUGAAGGAGGCAGCUGGUGAAGAAGAACAAGAACUGGCGAAAGAAAUGGCUGACGCUUUUUUGAACGAAGAUCUUCCAGAAAACAUAUUUUCGGCACCUAAGGCUGGACAUGGAAUGUGGGCUUCAACCAUCAAGAUAUUGGAUCCAGUACAUGGAACUUGCUACAAGUUAUUGAGGUUAGAGCAGAAUGAAGCAGCCAUGUCAUUAUGUCUUGUUAAAUUCCAUGGCCAACCAGAACAUCAGUGGUUCCUCAUAGUGGGUGUGUCUAAAGACUUCCAGUUGAAUCCCAGGCAAUGUAGCUCUGGAUUUCUGGAUACCUAUAAAGUGAAUACGACAGGAAGAGAGUUGGAGUUAGUUCACAGAACGCCAGUAGAUGAGGUUCCUAUGGCCCUCUGCUCCUACAACGGAAGACUUUUGGCUGGAAUUGGAAGGAUGCUCCGACUUUAUGAUAUGGGCAAGAAAAAACUUCUCAGGAAGUGCGAAAACAAACACAUUCCUAACCUUAUAGUCAACAUCCAAGCGAUGGGCAAAAGGAUAUUCGUCUCCGAUGUUCAAGAAUCUGUUCUUAUGGUCAGGUACAAAAGAAUAGAGAACCAGCUUAUUAUUUUCGCAGAUGAUACCCAUCCAAGAUGGAUUACAUGCACCUCUGUAUGUGAUUAUGAUACAGUUGCAACUGCAGAUAAGUUUGGCAACUUUGCAGUUCUAAGGUUACCUCCCAAUGUCAGCGAUGAUGUGGAAGAAGACCCGACAGGCCAUAAAGCUCUUUGGGAUCGAGGCCUAUUAAAUGGAGCUUCUCAGAAAGCGGACACGUUAGCAUCUUUUCAUGUAGGAGAAACCAUAACUUCUAUUCAGAAAGCAACUCUCAUACCUGGUGGUUCAGAAUCCCUAAUCUAUACCACUCUUUCGGGAACCGUUGGGGUAUUGGUACCCUUUACCGGACACGAGGAUCAUGACUUUUUCCAGCACUUGGAAAUGCACAUGCGCAGUGAAAAUUCACCACUGUGUGGAAGGGAGCAUCUUUCAUUCAGGAGUUAUUAUUAUCCUGUUAAGAAUGUUAUUGAUGGAGAUUUGUGUGAGCAAUAUAAUUCCCUGGAACCGGCCAAACAAAAAAGCAUUGCACAAAACUUGGAAAAAACGCCAGCUGAAGUGUCAAAGAAAUUAGAAGAUAUAAGAACGAGAUAUGCUUUUUAAAUUAUUAGAAUUAAUUUUACUUUAGAUAUAUAAUGAGUUGUAAUAUAAAUAAUUUUUUAUAAAGAUUCCUCACAAGUG